AUGGAAGAAGAUGAUCCAGAUGCGCCUGCGGUAUUUCCUCAGGUGCGUGUGUAUGUCGACCAACAACGUCUUGCGCAAUGAGUGGCUGAACCGCUCACUUGCUUGCUCUGCCACAUUCGAAUCGUCUGACAGUGGGCGCUGUUGGAGUACGGUCACAUGUUGACGCUGCUAGGUCCAGGCACGACGUGUCAUUUUACAUCCCUCUCCAAAGCCUCUCUCCAUUCGCUGCAGCUCCAACUGGACAAGGUCGCGCAACCUCGAGCAGAUUUCGAGCUUCAUACAGCCAGCUUCACCAAUGCGCUAGGAGUUCCUCUGAGCAGUAUAUGCCUGUUGGAUCCUCAAGCUCCGCUCGGUCUAUCCGUCUCCGAUGCCGGGCUCUACAGCGCCGCACAGCAGAGCGAGGCGUCCGGCGGAUCAUCAUCAUCAUCAGCAUCGCCAGCAGACUCUCAAGAACUCCCAGGCGGUCCAUUCUCCCACUUUCUCUUUGGCGGUAUCCUGGGCGACGAUCCACCGCGGGACCGAACUUCUUCGCUGCGCAAGCUGGGCAUGCCCAGAAGACAUUUGAGCGGCAUGCAGAUGACGACGGAUACGGCUUUGGGAGUCACUUGCCAAGUGGUGGAGAGGGGCAAAGGGAUGGCGCUGGACAAGACGGAACAGAUCGGUCCCAAUGGCGCGCUGCAGUGGUGUCAUGCCCCAGAGUUGAACUUUGGAAACGGAGAGUCGGUGAGUAGCGUGCUUCGUGUGCAUCCCAAGCAAGCUCUCCUCGCCUCUGGCCCGCUUUUGCGCAGCGCAGGGGCGACGUCGAGUCGCAAGCGGAGUCAGACGCGCACACCGAGCUCCGCUCACAAUCGCAUCAACUCAUCCCGCGUCGCUGCAGGUAUCCAUGCCUUUUAGAUACAUGGUCGAUCCCAAAUCCCCUUCUGCAAACCCUCGACCGCUCAUGCCUCCAGGAAUGAAGGAGCUCAUCCGCAGCGAUAUGGAUCGCGCUUUCGAAUUCUAA